AUGUCAAGCAACCAUAGAUACGAACAAGUUUCUCUCGAGAAUCAUGACGAGGAAAACGAUUACAUUCAAGACAGCAAUGAUGCGAAUAGACCUUCAACCAUGCCCCGUCAACGGAGCGACUUGGAAGAUACAUUCGAUAUCAACGAAGAGGACGAAGAUAAUCAUUUGCUAGAAACUGAAUAUCAUCAGCUAUUACCAGCACCUUCUUCUGGUACAGCUCAUCACAGCAAUGGGCCUAUUCAACAACAAUCAAAUGAUGGUGUAUUCUCGAAUAUGGCGGCUAAACCAGAAUCCGACUCUAAAGUGGAGGAAGUACCACCCACUUAUGAAGAAGCUUCAGCUGAUGCAACACCACCUUACUGGCAAACAACAAUCAUUGCACCUGCUGGCAUGGGUGAUAUGGUCUUGGUUGAAGGAUUACCAGUGGGUAGCAUAUUUAGCUUUAUGUGGAACUUGAUGGUUUCUGCUAGUUUCCAGUUAGUAGGAUUCAUGCUGACUUAUUUAUUACAUACGACACAUGCAGCAAAAGAUGGUGCUCGUGCUGGUUUAGGUGUAUCAUUGAUUCAGUAUGGCUUUUAUGUUCGCAGUAGAGGCACUUUGGACGAAGAUUUUGACUAUGAUGGCGAGGGCCAUGAUACAGUUGGACAAGAUGCAGCGCAGGCAGAUGUGAUUGCAUACUUGAUGAUGUUUAUUGGAUGGUUCAUCAUCUUGAGAGCUGUCUCUGAUUUCACAAGAGCUCGAAAGAUGGAGAAGAUCAUCACAUCUGAACCCAAUGUGGAUGCCAUUGUAUAA